GUUUUUUUGGGGGGGCAGAUGGGAUUUUUAGAAGCGUUGGAAAUAUGACUGGAAUUUCGUGCACCCGGGUUUCAUGCUAGAUAUGUCUUAAUUUGUUAAAGAAAUGCCUGUCAGCCUAAUUUGCCAACAAUCCUUGGGAUAUAUCUGACCUGUUGUAACUUAAAAUCAGAAGCUUGCGAUCCAGCUGGUCUGGUUUGGUGAAAAUUUCAUCGUGCCACUAUGGGGAAGCACUCAACUUUGCUGCUUUCAAUGCUGUUGCAGCUCCUUAGCAGCUGUACAGGAAACCAAAUGAUGGCGCAGUCAAGGCCAAUGCAGUUUUCCCACUUUAUUUAUAAUGCCACUAUAUAUGAGAACUCUGCAGCCAAGACCUACUUGCAAAGCCCAGUGAAAAUGGGUGUUUACAUUACACACCCAUCCUGGGAAAUUCGGUAUAAAAUAGUUUCUGGAGAUAAUGAAAACUUGUUUAAGGCUGAAGAUUACACCCUGGGCGAUUUCUGUUUCUUGCGUAUAAGGACCAAAGGAGGGAGUACUGCUAUCCUUAAUAGGGAAGUAAAAGACCACUAUAUGCUGACCAUCAAAGCAGUUGAAAAAAGCACUAACGCUGAAUCACGCACAAAUGUUAAAGUACAGGUUCUUGAUGCAAAUGACCUGAGACCUCUAUUUUCACCAACCUCCUAUAGUGUUUCCCUGCCUGAAAACACAGCAUUAAGAACCAGUAUUGCCAGAGUCACUGCUACUGAUGCAGAUAUAGGAACCAAUGGAGCAUUUUACUACAGUUUUAGAGAUCGGACAGACUUGUUUGCCAUUCACCCAACCAGUGGUAUUAUAACACUGACCGGUAAACUGGAUUACUCCGAGACUAAGCAGUAUGAGAUGGAAAUCUUUGCAGUGGACCGUGGAAUGAAACUGUAUGGUAGUAGUGGUAUUAGUAGCAUGGCUAAGCUGACUGUUCAUGUAGAACAGGCCAACGAGUAUGCACCUGUCAUCACAGCUGUCACACUGGUUCCUUCAGACACUGAUAAGGAUCCUACAUAUGCAAUUGUAACGGUGGAAGACAGUGAUCAGGGACCAAAUGGGGAAAUAGCUUCAUUAAGCAUUGUAGCAGGGGAUCCUCUUCAGCAAUUUAAAGCAGUGAGAUCCAGCCCUGGCAGUAAAGAAUACAAAAUAAAAGGAGUUGGAGAAGUUGACUGGGACAGUCAACCGUUUGGAUAUAAUCUUACUUUACAGGCCAAGGAUAAAGGAAGUCCACCCCAGUUUUCCUCAGCAAAGGUAGUUCAUGUGACAUCUCCACAGUUUAGAUCAGGACCUCCUGCAUUUGAAAGAAAUAUGUACAGAGUCAGUCUUAGUGAAUUUGCACCUCUACAUACCCCUGUUGUUAUGGUACAAGCAGUGCCAAAUUACCCUCAGUUAAGGUAUGUUUUCAGACACAACCCAGACCAGAAAAGAUUUGCUUUAAAUCCUAUCACUGGCCUAAUUACAACUGCUGGACCAAUACAAGCAGAAUAUGCACCACGAUUUGAGUUGGAAGUUAUGACCAGUGAUAGAAAGGCAACAACAAAAGUUGUAGUUGAUGUUUUAGACAUGAAUAAUAAUGCACCCGAGUUUCACAAGACAUCUUAUCAGGCCACUGUUGAUGAACAUUUGCCAGUGGGUACCCGUGUUUUAACUGUAAGUGCCAGUGAUCUAGAUGAUGGAGAAAAUGGUUAUGUGACUUACAGCAUUGCCAAUCUUAACCCGCAGCCUUUUGUUAUUGAUUAUUUUACUGGCGUUAUCAGUACCUCAGAGGAUUUGGAUUACGAGUUGAUGCCAAGGAUUUACAGUUUAAGAAUUCGAGCCUCUGACUGGGGUUCACCAUAUCGCCGUGAAGCUGAGGUUACAGUAACUAUUACUCUGAACAACUUGAAUGACAACAAACCGCUGUUUGAGAAGAUUGACUGUGAAGUGACCAUCCCUCGGGAUCUUGGAGUCGGUGAGCAGAUAACUACUGUGUCUGCUAUUGAUGCUGAUGAGUUACAACUGGUACGAUACGAAAUAAAGUAUGGAAAUGACCUAGACCUCUUUGAGCUAAACCCAAACUCUGGUGUGCUUUCUCUGAAGCAGCCUCUAACUGAUGGUGAUGGUGCAAAGGUCUCGUUCCACAGUCUACAAAUUUCAGCUAAUGAUGGAGAAAAUUUUGCACCACCAAUGGUCAUUAACAUCACUGUGCUAACUAGUCGGAAACCUGUUCAGUUACGGUGUGUUGACACUGGAGUUGCCAAAAUGCUGGCUGAGAAGCUUCUCCAGACAACUAGGCUCCACAGCCAUGUUGAACCUGAAGAUCAUUUCUUAGAUGUACAUUCAGAUAACAGUUAUGCCCCACAAUUUUCUGACUCCUUCCCCAGUGUAAUUGAAGUAAAGGAAGAUCUUCCAGUAGGUGCCAGGAUUAUACUUAUUAGUGCCACAGAUGCUGAUGGUGGUUUCAAUGGAAAAUUGAACUACGUAAUUUCAGGAGGAGAUACUGACAGUCGUUUUGUUGUGGAGAUGGAAACUGGAUGGCUAAUGGUAUAUGCUCCACUUGACAGAGAAACAACUAACCACUACACUCUAAAUAUCACAGUGUAUGACCUGGGAAUACCUCAGAAAUCUGCUUUCCGUCUUUUGGAUGUAAAUAUUAUGGAUACAAAUGAUAAUAGGCCUAAGUUUCUUCAGGAUAGUUAUUCUGUUGAAAUAAGUGAAAAUAAAGAAGUGGGUAGUGAUAUUAUCCACAUUGAAGCAACAGAUAAAGAUCUAGGUCUAAAUGGAGAAGUCAGGUAUUCGUUACUUGCAGAUACAGAUAUGUUUGCUAUUAAUAGUGAGACAGGAGUUGUGAAGGUUAUAAGCCCAUUGGAUCGAGAAGUGCAUCCUUCGUAUCUUUUGAAGAUUGUGGCUAGAGAUCAAGCUGUGGAAGAGCCACAGCUACUUUCAACCGUAUUGCUGAAAGUGACUUUGGAAGAUGUCAAUGACAAUCCACCCAGGUUUAUUCCUUCAAAUUAUCAUGUGAAAGUACGUGAAGACCUACCCAUUGGCACUGUAAUCAUGUGGUUGGAGGCACAUGAUUCUGAUUUAGGACAGUCGAGUCAGGUGAGAUAUAGCCUGAUGGAUAAUGGAGAUGGAAGCUUUGAUGUAGAUAAACUGAGUGGAGCUGUACGUAUUGUGCAGAGUCUGGAUUUUGAGAAGAAGCAGAUUUACAACCUAACGGCAAGGGCCAAGGACAAAGGCAAACCUGUGUCCUUGUCCUCCACCUGUUACAUUGAGGUGGAGAUAGUGGACAUAAACGAGAAUUUAUUUGCCCCAUGGUUCUCUUCCUUUGUUGAUAAGGGAACUGUAAAAGAAGAUGCACCAAUUGGUACAUCUGUAAUGAAAGUUACUGCUCAUGAUGAAGACAAAGGUAGAGAUGGGGAAAUCCGCUACUCCAUAAGAGAUGGAUCUGGCCUGGGUGUCUUCAAGAUUGAUGAAGAAAGCGGUAUCAUAAGAACAGAAGAGCUUUUGGAUCAUGAGACUACUUCCAACUAUUGGCUGACAGUUUAUGCCUCAGAUCAAGGGGUUGUUCCUCUCUUUUCUUUCAUUGAGGUUUACAUAGAGGUUCAGGAUGUUAAUGAUAAUGCCCCACAGACAUCAGAGCCUGUCUAUUACCCAGAAGUUAUGGAGAACUCCCCUAAGGAUACGCCUGUCAUCCAGAUUGAAGCUUAUGACCCAGACACAAGAUCCAGUGACAAACUAACCUAUAAGAUUACAAGUGGAAACCCGCAGGGAUUUUUUAAUAUAAAUCCCAAAACUGGUCUGGUUACAACUACUUCACGGAAGCUAGAUCGAGAACAUCAAGCCGAACACAUUCUUGAAGUAACUGUCAUUGAUCAUGGUGUUCCUCCAAAGUCAGCUGUUGUCAGAAUGAUAGUGAAGGUUUUGGAUGAAAAUGACAACAGACCACAUUUCUUGGAGAAGACCUAUAACAUUAAGCUUCCUGAGCGUGAUAAACCUGACCGAGAGCGAUCUGCCAAGCGGGAACCCAUUUAUAGAGUUAUUGCUUCAGACAAGGAUGAAGGCCCCAAUGCUGAAAUCUCUUACAGCAUUGAGGAGGGUGAUGAACAUGGGAAAUUCUUUAUUGAACCUAAAACAGGAGUAGUUUUGUCCAAGAAGUUUUCUGCAGCUGGAGAGUAUGAUAUCCUUACCAUUAAAGCUGUGGACAAUGGUCGACCUCAGAAGUAUUCCACUACCCGACUGCAUAUUGAAUGGAUCCCAAAGCCUAAACCAUCCACAAAGACGCUUUCUUUUGAUGAACCAUUCUUCUCAUUCUCAGUAAUGGAGAGUGAUCCAGUUGCUCAUAUGGUUGGUGUAAUAACAUGUGAGCCCAUUGACAACCCACUCUGGUUUGACAUCACUGGUGGUAACUAUAACAGCCGGUUUGAUGUGGGCAAGGGCAGUGGAACCAUCAUUGUCGCCAGACCUCUCGAUGCAGAACAGAAAUCAAAUUACAACCUGACAGUGGAGGCAACAGAUGGAAUGAAAUCUAUCAGCACCCAGGUUUUCAUUAGAGUAAUUGACACAAAUAACCAUCGACCUCAGUUCUCACGACCAAAGUAUGAGAUUAAUAUCCCAGAGGACAUUGCACCAGAGACGGAGAUCCUACAGAUCAGAGCAACUGAUAAGGAUGAGAAAAACAAGCUAAUCUACUCCCUCCAGAGCAGCACCGAUCCCAUCAGUUUAAAGAAAUUUCACCUUGAUCCUGGAACUGGCUCACUGUAUACAGCUGAGAAGCUGGACCACGAAACCAUGCACAAGCAUAUCCUGACAGUGAUGGUUCGUGAUCAAGAUGUGCCUGUGAAACGGAACCUUGUAAGAGUUACUGUCAAUGUUGAAGAUACCAAUGACCAUGCCCCAUGGUUCACUAGUUCCUCAUAUAAAGGGAGUGUGUAUGAAUCUGCUGCUCUUGGGUCAGCAGUCCUGCAGGUUACAGCCAUGGACAAGGAUAAAGGACAGAAUUCAGAAAUUGUUUAUUUUAUUGAAUCAGGAAAUGUUGCAAAUUCAUUUGCUAUUGAUCCAGUCCUUGGCACGAUUACUGUUGCAAAAGAACUUGACCGUGGCAGUAAGAGCCAGUAUGAGCUCACAGUGAAAGCAUCAGAUAAAGGAAAUCCUCCAAUGAGUGUGAUGACGACCGUCCACAUUUCUGUUACCAUAUCAGAUAAUGCAAAGCCAAAGUUUACCAUGAAGGAGUACUCGGCAGAAGUCGGAGAGACUGUGAUCAUUGGGAGUUUCGUUGCCUUGGUUACAGCAUCCAGUCAGUCAUCGGUGAUGUACGAAAUAAAAGAUGGAAAUAUCGGCAGCACCUUUGACAUCAAUCCAAACUCGGGUGUUGUCAUCACUCAAAAGUUGCUAGAUUACGAAACAAUUUCUUCAUACAAGCUAACCGUGCAAGGCACAAACAUGGCAGGCUUAUCAUCCAACACAACUCUUCUGAUUCAUCUUAUAGAUGAGAACGACAAUGCUCCUGUUUUUAUGCAAGAGAAAUACACAGGGAUUAUCAGCGAAUCUGCUUCAGUGAACAGUGUAGUUUUAACUGAUGUGAAUGCUCCACUGGUAAUUCGAGCCACAGAUGCUGACAGGGAAUUGAAUGCCAUGCUGAUUUAUCAAAUUGUUGAACCAUCUGCCCACAAAUAUUUUGCUAUUGAUUCAAGCACAGGUGCCAUUCGCACAAUAACAAGUCUGGAUUAUGAAGACAAAAACAUUUUCCAUUUCACAGUGCAGGUCCAUGACAUGGGAAACCUACAGUUAUUUGCAGAAAAUGCAGCCAAUGUUACAAUCCAAGUGGUAGAUGUCAACGACUGCCCUCCAGUCUUUACCAGGGAGGUUUAUGAGGCAUCUGUUUUAGUGCCAACAUAUAAAGGAGUGGAAAUUAUUACAUUAAAUGCUACAGAUGCAGACUCUGGACCAAAUUCAAAAAUAAUUUACUCAAUUACUGAUGGCAACAUAGGAGAAAAGUUUACUAUUGAUCCCAUGAUGGGUGUUUUAUCAGUUCAAAAUACAACCCAUUUAAGGAGCAGGUAUGAAUUGACAGUGAGAGCUUCUGAUGGGAGAUUUGCAGAUGGAGCAUCAGUCAAAAUAAAUAUUAAAGAAAAUAAGGAAAGCAACUUAAAGUUUACUCGGAAUUUGUACACUGCUUUAGUGCAGGAAAACUUGUCAGAGGCUAAAACGCUUGCAAUUAUUACAGCUAUAGGCAACCAGAUAAACGAACCACUAUUUUAUCACAUUCUAAAUCCAGACCGAAGGUUUAAGAUUAGUCGUACGUCUGGAGUCCUCUCAACCACAGGCAUACCCUUUGAUCGUGAAGAGCAGGAUGUCUAUGAUAUAGUUGUGGAAGUGACAGGGGAGGAAAUGUUAAGAGUUGCUCAUGUUGUAGUGAAGGUCACUGUAGAGGACGUAAAUGACAACGCACCAAUGUUUGUUAAUUUGCCAUAUUAUGCUCUAGUGCAGGCUGAUGCUGAUAUUGGCCAUGCAAUUCGACAAGUCACUGCUGUAGACUUGGAUAGUGGAAAAAAUGGUCAGAUUCACUACUACUUAAAAGAACUUCAUGAGUAUUUCCAGAUUAGUCCUUCAGGUGACAUCACAUUGAAAAACAAUUUUGAAACGGAUACUUUGAAUGCUGAGUAUGUCAUCACUGUUGUAGCCAAAGAUGGAGGGGAGCCAGCUCUUUCUGCAGAGGUUGAAGUACCAAUUACUGUAAUGAACAAAGCAAUGCCAAUGUUUGAAAAGCCUUUUUAUAGUAUAGAGAUUCCAGAAAAUAUCCAACUGCAUACCCCUGUGGUACAUGUUCAAGCCAACAGCUCAGAAGGACUUCGGAUCAUGUACAGUAUCACAGAAGGAGAUCCUUUCAGUCAGUUUUCCAUACAUUUUAACACUGGUGUCAUACAUGUAACAAGCCCACUAGAUUUUGAAUCCCAUCCAGCCUAUAAGUUAAGUGUAAGAGCAACAGAUUCUCUAACUGGUGCUCACUCAGAAGUGUUUGUUGAUAUAAUUUUGGUUGAUGUCAAUGACAAUGCUCCAUUGUUUAAAGAGAAGUCUUACACUGCCACACUUUCUGAAGCUUCAGUGAUUGGCACAUCAGUGGUUCAGGUCAUUGCUACAGAUGCUGAUUCUGGUGUAGACAAAAUUAUUUCUUACCAGUUGGUAGAAGAUAACAGUAAGAGUUCUGAUAACUUCCACAUAGACAGAGACAGUGGGGCUAUUUUAACAGCAAGAACCCUUGAUUAUGAGGAAAGGCAGCAGCAUAAUUUACUUGUAAGGGCCAUGGAUGGAGGUGUGCCCGCUCUAAGCAGUGAUAUAAGUAUUACAGUGUAUGUAACAGAUCUGAAUGACAACCCACCCGUUUUUAUACAGCAGCUGUAUGAGGCCACAGUCAGUGAGCUUGCACCCCGUGGACAUUUUGUAAUGCACGUACAAGCAUUUGAUGCAGACAGCUCAGAUGCUGGCAAGCUGGAGUAUUCCAUCUUAAACGGAAAUGUAAAUAUGUAUUUUGAGAUUGGUAAGAAAACUGGGGUUAUAACAAUCUCAAACAACCGCAAAGAGAAAAUGGAGCCAUUUUACAAUCUCAAUAUCUCUGUGUCCGACGGCGUCUUUAGAAGUUCAGCUCAAGUGAAGGUAACAGUAAUUGGAGCAAACUUCCACAGUCCAUCUUUCAUUCAGAAUGAGUAUGAGGUGGAAUUGGCUGAAAAUUCCCCCAUGGGAACCCUGGUAGUUGAAGCUAAAGCUACUGAUGAAGAUUCAGGAACUUACGGCCAUAUAACAUACUACAUUGUAAAUGACUUUGCAAAAGACAAGUUUUCUGUUAAUGAAGAUGGACAGAUAUUCAGUCUGGAGAAGCUUGACCGUGAGAACUCUGUGGAGAAAGUUAUCACAAUUGGCCUAAUGGCAAAAGAUGGAGGUGGCAAGGUUGGCUUUUGCAGCAUAAAUGUCAUACUUACAGAUGAUAAUGACAAUACCCCACAAUUCAGAGCUGCAGAAUAUAAAGUAAAUGUUGCAUCUGAUGCUCCAAGGGGAACUUCAGUCAUUAAAAUUGUAGCAUCGGAUGCUGAUGAAGGCAGCAAUGCAGAUAUAGCUUACGUUAUUGAGGCAGAUUCAGAAAAUGUUGAAGAAAACUUUGAAAUUGAUCCUUUCACUGGUGUCAUUGUUACUAAAGAAAGCUUAAUCGGGUUGGAAAAUAAAGUGUAUGCUUUCUACGUAAGAGCAAAGGAUGCUGGAACUCCUCCAAAGGAGUCUGUGGUCCCAGUGUACAUCAGAAUACUAACCCCUGAAGUGCCACUUCCAAAGUUUGUUGAACCGCACUAUGCCUUUGCAAUACCUGAGGACCUUGCAAUUGGAUCAGAAAUAGAUUGCAUACAAGCAGAGAGUGAGCAGUCUGUGGUUUACAGCCUAGUGAAAGGAAAUACUCCUGAGAGUAACCGAGAUGAAGUCUUUGUUAUUGACAAAGAUACUGGAAAGCUAAAACUUGAAAAGAACCUUGACCAUGAAACAACUAAAUGGUACCAGCUCACCCUACUAGCGCAGUAUGCCCAUGAAGAUUAUGAAGUUGUCUCUUCUGUAGAUAUCAGUAUUCAAUUAAAGGAUGCCAAUGACAACAGCCCUGUGUUUGAAUCCAAUCCAUAUAGAGCAUUUGUUGCUGAGAACCUUCCAGGCGGAACCAGAGUAAUCCAAGUAAAAGCAACUGAUUUAGAUUCAAGUACCAAUGGGCAGGUAAUGUACAGCUUGGCUCAGAGUCGAGAAACAAAUGACAUCAUGGAGCUGUUUGCAAUUAACAGUGAGACUGGAUGGAUUACAACACUUAAAGAGCUAGAUCAUGAGAAACAAGGGAAGCACAUGGUUACAGUGGUUGCUUCUGACCGUGGAGAGAAGGUGCAGCUGAUUGCCACUGCUUUGGUGGAAGUUACUGUUGCUGAUGUGAAUGACAACCCCCCACGCUUCACUGCUGAGAUCUACAAGGGGACAGUGAGUGAGGAUGAUCCACCUGGCGGAGUUAUUGCAAUCCUGAGCACCACUGAUGCUGACACAGAACAAAUCAACAAACAAGUUAACUACUACAUUACAGGAGGAGACCCUCUGGGACAAUUUGCUAUUGAACAAUUUGCUAUUGAAUGGAAGGUCUAUGUCAGAAAGCCCCUGGAUAGAGAAGAGAAAGACAAUUACCUCUUAAAUAUCACAGCCACUGAUGGAACAUUCGUGGCAAAGGCUGUAGUAGAGGUUAAGGUCCUUGAUGCCAAUGACAACAGCCCUGUUUGUGAAAAGGCGCUGUAUGCUGAAACUAUUCCAGAAGAUGUUCCUUCAGGAAAACUGAUUUUGCAGGUUUCUGCCACUGAUGCCGACAUCCGUUCAAAUGCUGAAAUCUCUUACAGGCUUUUCGGAACAGAGGCAGAUAAAUUCAGUCUAGACCCAGAUACUGGUGAGCUGAAGACCUUGGUUCCCCUUGAUCGUGAGCAUGAGGCAGUGUAUAACAUUACAGUAAAAGCAAUAGAUGGAGGUGGUCGCUUUUGUCAGGCUGACGUUGUUUUAACUUUGGAGGAUGUGAAUGACAAUGCACCAGAGUUUUCUUCUGAUCCCUACACCGUAACUGUGUUUGAGAACACAGAACUUAAAACCCUUGUAACACGAAUACAGGCAACAGAUCCUGAUACAGGCUUGAACAGCAAGGUCCUGUAUUCUUUUGUGGAUUCUGCAGAUGGCCACUUCUCCAUUGAUGAAUUGUCUGGUAUCAUUAGUCUGGAAAAGCCUCUAGACAGAGAAGUAAAAGCAAUGUAUUCUCUGACUGUAAGGGCCACCGACCAGGGCUCACCUCGAAAGCUCUCCACAGUCUGCUCUGUUGUAGUGUCUGUUCUGGAUAUUAAUGACAACCCACCAGUAUUUGAGCACAGGGAAUACGCUGCCACUGUUUCAGAAGACAUAACUGUGGGAACACAGAUUCUUCGUGUUUUUGCAGCAAGCAGGGACAUUGAAGCAAAUGCAGAGAUCUCAUACUCUAUUGCCAGUGGAAACGAACAUGGAAAGUUUAGUGUUGAUUCCAGCACAGGUGACAUUUUUGUGAUUGGAAACUUGGAUUAUGAAACAUCCCACAAGUAUUAUCUAACUGUAGAGGCCACGGACGGAGGCACACCAUCUCUUAGCGAUGUGACGACUGUGAACAUAAAUCUGACAGAUAUCAAUGACAACACGCCAAAGUUUAGCCGCAAUAUCUACGCUGCAGUUAUAAGUGAAGAUGCUGUACUGGGACAACCAGUUAUUACUGUCAUGGCAGAUGAUGCCGAUGGGCCUUCCAACAACCACAUCCACUACUCUAUUGUUAAUGGGAACCAGGGAAGCCCAUUCACCAUCGAUUCUGUCAACGGAGAAGUGAAAGUAGCGAGGCGGUUAGACAGAGAGAAGAUAUCCGGAUACACACUUGCUGUACAAGCUACAGACAAUGGUAGUCCCCCGAAGUCCAACACAACUACAAUCAAUAUUGACGUGUCUGAUGUUAAUGACAACCCUCCUGCCUUCUCACAGGCCAACCACAGCAUCAUCAUUCAGGAAAACAGACCUGUUGGUGCCAGUGUGCUACAGUUAUUAGUAACGGAUAAAGACGCGUCUCACAAUGGCCCUCCAUUCUCCUAUACAAUUAUAAGUGGAAACGAAGAAAACUCAUUUGAGAUAAACCAGCAGGGGGUAUUGAUAGCCUCAGCGCCACUGAACCGUGAAAUAAAAGACCACCAUUUACUGCAUGUUCAGGUGGCCGAUAGUGGGAAACCUCAAUUGCAUUCAUCAACAUUCGUCAGCAUCAGAGUUAUUGAAGAAAGCAUUUAUGCUCCUGCUAUUCUUCCUCUAGAAAUGUUCAUAACAACUCACGGAGAUGAAUACUCUGGGGGUGUCAUUGGAAAGAUCCAUGCAACCGACCAGGAUAUUUAUGACACCCUCACCUACAGCUUGGCAUCUAAAUCAGGAAAUCUGUUCUCUCUCUCUAGCACUGAUGGAAAACUGAUUGCCCGUAAAGGGCUAGACGUGGGGCACUAUCUGCUCAAUGUCACGGUUACAGAUGGAAGGUUUACAGUGGCUGCAGACAUCAAUGUGCAUGUUAGACAGUUCACUCAAGAGGUGCUCAACCAUUCCAUUGCUAUAAGAUUUGCAAAUAUUGCACCAGAAGAAUUUAUUGGCGACUAUUGGCGGAACUUCCAGAGAGCCCUGACGAACAUUGUAGGGGUGAAGAGAAAUGACAUUCAGAUUGUGAGCCUGCAGCCUUCCGAGCCUUCCUCCAACCUGGACGUACUGCUUGCUGUAGAAAAACCUGGAAGCGCUUACCAUUCACACGAGGUCCUUUUCAGAAAGCUUAACACCUCCGUGGCAGAAAUUGAGGAGAUGACUGGUGUCCGAAUUCUCAAAGUCAUUAACAAGCUUUGCUCUGGGCUGGAUUGCCCUCUGAAAUUCUGUGAUGAAAUAAUCACUUUGGACAAGAAUGUCAUGUCAACCUACAGCACUGCCAGGCUCAGUUUCGUUACCCCUCGGCACCAAAGAACCGCAGUUUGUCUCUGUAAAGGUGGAAAAUGUCCUACAGUGAACAAGCUCUGUGAAGGUAAUCCAUGUCCCGAAGGUACAGAAUGUGUACCAGACAAGAAGGAAGGAAAAUACAGCUGUGUAUGUCCAAGUGGCAAGAAUGGAAAAUGCCUUGGUGGUCCUUCAUUGACAUUUAAUGGAAAUAGCUAUGCAAAGUACCGUCUCAUGGAGAGCGAAAAUAAAGAAGAAAUGAAACUUUCUCUAAAGUUAAGGACAUACUCUGCACAUGCAGUUGUAAUGUAUGCCAAAGGAACAGACUACAGUAUACUAGAGAUCAACAAUGGUAGAUUGCAGUACAAGUUUGACUGUGGCAGUGGUCCUGGAGUUGUGUCAGUGCACAGCAUUCUGAUCAAUGAUGGCGAGUGGCACUCUGUGUCUUUGGAGGUAGAUGGAAAUUAUGCAAAGCUGGUUCUGGACAGAGUCCACACUGCGUCUGGAACUGCACCUGGUACACUUCGCACACUCAACCUUGACAAUAACAUCUUCUUUGGUGGUCAUGUCCGUCAGCUUGGCUCCAGGCAUGGCAGGAGCCCACAAGUCAGCGAUGGACUCAAAGGGUGCAUGGAGUCAAUUGUCCUUAAUGGACAGGAGCUGCCUCUGAACAGUAAACCAAGGGCCUAUGCAGUUAUGGAAGAAGCAGUGGAGGUUUCACCAGGAUGCUCCCUGGUACCUGCAGAAGGCUGCUCCAGCAGUCCUUGUAACAAUGGCGGGCUCUGCUCUCCCCUUCCUAAUGGAGGUUAUUUCUGCAAAUGCAGUGCCUUGUUUAUGGGGACACAUUGUGAAAUGAGCAUGAGCCCAUGUGCUUCCAACCCUUGCCUCUACGGUGGAACGUGCAUUCCUAUCAACGAUGACUUUGUUUGCCAGUGUAGAGGACAGUACUCUGGUCAAAGGUGCGAGUUGGGUCCAUACUGUAAAGAUAAUCCUUGUAAAAACAGUGGCAAAUGCAUUGACAGCCUUGAUGGUCCAGUUUGUGAGUGUGAGCCAGGGUUUCUUGGAGAAAGGUGUCUCACUGAUAUUGAUGAAUGUAUUAAACAUCCCUGUUCAAAUGGCGGCCUGUGCAAAAACACACAUGGGUCUUAUAAUUGUACCUGCAACCAAGGAUAUAGCGGAAAGCUUUGUGAGGAUGCUGUUUUGGUGAAAAAUAUAUAUCUUUCAUCAUCUUGGAAUAUUGGUUUGGAAGAAGUUAUCGGCAUCGUAGUGUUUGUGGCUAGUAUAUUCCUGCUGGUUUUGCUGUUUGUGAUCUUCCGUAAGCGUGUGUGCAGACAAAGACAGUCUACGCCAAAUGAAGAAGAAAAACACUGUGGAGCAACCACCUCCUUCUUACACAGGCCAUAUUUUGAUUCGAAAAUGAGCAAGAAUAUCUAUUCAGAUGUUCCUCCCCAGGUGCCGGUGCGCCCCAUCUCAUACACUCCUAGCAUUCCCAGUGACUCCAGAAACAAUUUGGACAGAAAUUCCUUUGAAGGUUCUGCCAUCCCUGAGCAUCCAGAGUUCAGUACCUUCAAUCCUGACUCCAUGCAUGGGCACAGGAAAGCAGUGGCUGUUUGCAGCGUGGCUCCAAACCUCCCUCCUCCUCCCCCCUCCAACUCGCCAUCUGACAGUGAUUCCAUCCGGAAACCAAGCUGGGAAUACGACUAUGAUACUAAAGUAGUUGAUCUUGAUCCAUGCUUGUCAAAGAAGCCUAUUGAAGAAAGUGCUUGUCAUCCAUAUGACACACGUGGAAGCAUGUCUGAAGUUCAGUCCCUCAGUUCUUUUCAGUCAGACUCAUGUGAUGAUAAUGCUUCCAUAGUGACAGUAAUACACCUUGUCAAUUCUGUUGUUGACUCGGUGGAAAAAGAAGAGUCUUUUGCGGCUCAUGACCUCAGCAAUCCAAGAGGGUAUCACUGGGACACCUCUGAUUGGAUGCCUAGUGUUCAGCUUCCUGGUAUCCAAGAAUUCCCCCAGUUUGAAAUUGUUGAAGCACCAGCCCAGCUGUACACAGAUCCCAAUGCCAUUGAUACUGACUACUACCCUGGAGGCUAUGACAUAGAAAGUGACUUCCCUCCACCGCCAGAUGACUUCCCUGUCCACGAGGAGCUGCCACCAUUACCAGAGUAUAAUGAUCAGUUUGAAUCUAUACAGCAUCCUCAGGAUAUGCCCACAGCUGGAAGUUUAGGUUCAUCCAAUCGUAGCAGGCAGCGCUAUAACCUGAACCAGUACCUGCCACAUCACUACAAUACAGAGUUGUCAGAGCCACAGAGCACAGCGAUUGGAACAAGCAGUUACAAGGGAGCCUACCCGCUGUACAGCUUGGGGUACAGCAGGGACUUUGAGGCUGGCAAUGUGGACAACAUGUCUAUGUCUUUGUACACAUCCACAGCCUCCUGCUCUGAUGUCUCUGCAUGCUGUGAGGAAUCUGAAGUCAUGAUGAGUGACUAUGAAAGUGGGGAUGAAGGCCACUUUGACAAUGUGACCAUUCCUCCCCUGGAUCCCCAGCAGCACACUGAAGUCUGACACUGUAUUACAACUAAAGUGCCUGGACAUUUUAAAGAAAACAAAAAACAACUAAGUAACAAAAAAAAUCAUUAAAUAAUUAUCAAGGUCUGUGAUUUCUUCCUUUGCAAAGAAUCCUUUCAAUAAUUCUAAUUCUAGCAUGACUGCCCUGGAAUAAGCUUCUUUUCCUCACGUCCCAUCUCCUGCAGUACUAGAAACUUAAAACCUACGUAGAAUUUCACUGGCUGUGCCAUCGGUUUAGUGUUUGGCAUCAUGCACAACUUUUGAAGGAAUUAGAAACCAGAUGUACAAUUGUGAAAAAAGACAUUUCAAGGUGAUUAUAGGUAAGGCUACGAUUUUGUCACGGAGGUCAUGAAAAUCGUGAAUUUGAAAAAAAAAAGUUAGUGAAAUCUUGGAAAUGGAUGUAAAAUCACUUUUAUUAGGUGCUUCCUUUAUUUCCUUUAAAACAUGCAGUAUGUCGUGCACUGAAAAUACAAACCUGCGAGUAUCUGUAAGUUGUUUGGUUGUUUCACACUGCAUUUACGUGUCGUUCUAGGACAGCGAAUGAGAUAGCCGAGCGAGCGAGCGAGCAUGUAAAUCGGUGACAGCUAAAAUGUAAAAAAAAAUUGUGAGUGAGCUGUUUUUGUAAAGACAAAAGAACAAAUGCAUCGGAGAACAGAUUUCUUUACAACAUGUUUCAGAAUUGUGAAAAACUAUUAAAGCAUGGUUCAUACAGCAUUUCUGUUGCAGAUGAAUGCGAUACGUCAGGCGCAGACAGCUAGCUGUGCAGCUUCACUAUUUGCUGUACAGGACGCAUCGUGUCACAGCCCUUUUGAUUGCACAAAGUAGUACGCUAUAUGCAAAGUGCAUUCACGUAAUUGGAUAGGUGUACAUUUAAGUAGAUGUGCUGUGUUUCUACCUCCUAUACAAGAGGAUUAAAAAAAUCAUCUUCUCAACCAACAGAGAACCCCAAGGGGAGAAUUUCAAACAUUAUUUAGAGAGAUAUUUUAGAUGUUUUAGAAUGACAGAUGAAAGGUUUGAUCUUCUGUUAAGGCUGUACACCUUUCCAAAAAAGGCGCACGUUGCAAGAUUGCAAAUUACAUACUUCCGACUUUUCGCACUCUGACCAGAAAUUACGUCUGAAGUAUGUACUGCAAGUUUUGUAAUCUAAAGUAACAUUUAAACUGAUCAGCAGUCAAAAGCAAUAGUGUUUGUAUUAUUGGUUUUGGUGUACUAUUUAAAAUCUCUUGUGUAUGUUGAUGUAGCUAAAACUACAUUAUUUGGUGAACUUUCCGUGAAUUCUUGUUUUUUUUGCUGCACCUCACCUGUGAAAUGUACUCAAUUACCAUGCCAAAAUCGUAGCCUUAAUUAUAGAUCUAUUUUUUUUUUUUAACUGCUUUCAUUAUUAUGUAAAUCUUAAUGUACAGUUCUGAUUUCGAGUUUUAACUAGGUUUUGUAGAUAUUUUAUGGUUCUGUUUUGUUUUUUUCAAACAGAUUUUAGUGGUUUUCAAGUGUGACAUUAUAUUGGCACCCAGAAACAAGUAGUGGAUGGGAUUUCACUCUUUUUAUCACUAAAUUCAACAAACUUACCAAAUGCAAACUGUAAGUGUGAGUAACAUUUUGCUACUUUUUGGUUAUGAGAUUAGGACAUGUCUUAAAUGAGUAGCAUUUUUGUAAACUGCAACUGUAAACUUUUUUUUUGUUUCUUCAGAAACAAGGGACCCAAUACAUUUGACAAAAGUGUUUUUUUUCCAAGUGUCUGUAUAUGUGUGAGAAACAAUGGUCUUGUAAAUGUUUUUAUUGGAUACUGCCAUUAGCUCACUCUUUCCUACUGGCAAUAAAUUAUUAAUAAAACAGUGUUGCUGUUUAUUUUGUCAAGAUCAGGGGUUUUCAACCGGGGGUACGCUUACCCCUGGGGGUACUUCGAAGGGUCAUAGGAGGUACGCAGGACGAAUCGGAAAUGCACAAAUAAAAAAUGAAAGUAAAAGAAAAUUAUAAUUUUUUUUAAGGGUAUUAUAUAUUCUCUAAAACACUGUUUAUAAUUAUGUAAUCCUUUGUUUAGCAGCUCAAAGUGAACCGCAGAUGAAAACAAAUACACAGAAUCUAUCACGUCCACAUGUUCCACCUAUACGCAUGCGUGAUUUCAAUUGAGUGGCUUUUAUAUAGGUGAAGCAGUCGUCUGCCGAUUGUGCCUAUGGAGAGUGCUCUGUGCUGCUCAUGGUUAUUGCUGUUUUCAACUUGUCGUAUCAAUGAAUCACUGUUUCUGAUUUUUUUUUUUGUAUAAAUGCUCCGGUAAACAUAAAUAGUAGGCUAAUCACAAUACUUUGACGUUUUUUGUUUUAUUUAUUACCACUGCUGCAUUUUAGUAACAGCAGUAGCGGCUGGUUGAUUAUGUUGUCAGUGUUUGAAAUGGAUGCAUUUCUUACUUGCAUAACAAAAAUGAAGGAAGAAAACACAGAAAUCCAAAGAGGCAGAAGGUUAUAUAGAGUCCCUUUGGAUAAUUUUGCUGGCUUUAAAAUAUCAUUGUUUGGUAUUAUAGUUUUAGUUUGAGGUUAUGGUUUUGAUGUUUGAAAAUAUUUUAAAUGGCACACAGUUAUGCUGAGGUGGGAAGUAAAUGGUAAUGUGAUAAACAUUUACACUGCAGACUGUUUUGAGUGUUUCCAAUGAGAAUCCUAAAUACUGUCUUUUAAUUCUGUGCAUCCAAAGACAUGUAAUUAAGUUUUAAGAAUUAAGCCUACUGUUUGGUGUUCUUUCUUAAACCAGCAGUUUGUCAGCCCCAGACUGCUGUGAAAAAUUAUAUAUUAAAUAAAUGGGGAAAAAAUGUGUUAAUCAGAUUAUUUUGCCUUUCGUUGCAACUGUGGUACCAUUCAGUGAGUGAAAAUUGUAAAGGGUACUUUAGCUGAAACCUCCCAACAGAAGGUACAGUUUCAAAAAAAGGUUGAAAACCCCUGGUCUGGAUGUUCAUAUUGAAUCAUGAACAGGUUAAAUACCCUCGCCUGUUCUAAUGAUUAAAAAGUAAGAUGCUCCAAAUUAUAAGUUCAUAGUUUUUCAUAGCGGUUAUUGAAUACAAUGUGCUUUACUUUUUGAUAUGUAUGAGUUUUUAUACCUGUGUUCAGAAGCUGACACUUCUAGUUGCCCGCCAUAAACGUAAUUGUGUCAUCAUUGUUUUGUUUUUGUUCGUUUCUUUUUUUUACUGCCCUCUUACAUUUGUCUGUGUUGACUUUUUGAGAGCAGCGCUCGAGCAUACAUGUGAAGUAGUUAAUCAAUAAACAGUGGUUUUAGAA